AUCCGCCUACGAUUAUAUCCUCCCAACCCCACCGCUAAAAACAAUCUUUCACUCCAGAAAUCUCCCAGCCACUCACUCACCGACCUAUGGCUCUCACAAUCGGAGCCGGUGGCACCACGGCUCUGUACGGAGGCAGCAACGGCACCACUUACACCGGCCAGCAAUUUCUCCGCCGUCCAAUCCUCCUCCCACCACCACAACCCACAUCGCGAAACGCGAGUUUGAUUACAAGAGCGUCCAAGAAGUGGUCACCCAGAACCGGGAAGCUCGACGGCAGGACCAGAAGGAGCUCAAGCACGACCAUCAAAGAAGACGAAGAAGAAGAGCGACGGACGGUUCAGAAUGGAGUUGAGGGGGGUGUUGAUGCGAGUGGUGCGGAUGAUGGCUACUUCUUGCCUGAGCUUCCGGGUUUGGAGAAGGACUUCUGGGAGGGUCCUGAGUGGGACGGUUUUGGGUUUUUCGUGCAGUAUAUGUGGGCUUUCGGCAUCGGUUUCGCGUUAAUUGCGAGUGGAUUUGCUGUUGCCACAUACAAUGAAGGUGCAACAGAUUUUAAGCAGACUCCUGCUUACAAGGAAUCAAUUCAAUCUAGAGAUCUUUUGGAAGAACCAGAAGGAUCUAGCUCAGAUGUUUUUGAGUCCAACCCGACUGAGGAGGCACCAAGUUUGGAAUAGCUACUUAAUUUGAAUCCAAACAGCUUCGACUUUGCUUGGUAUAUAUUCAAGCAAAGGAAAAUGUCAGCUAUAGCUGCUGCCUUCUGUUUGUAAGGUAAAAUGAUAAGUUUCUGUAACAAAUUAGUUUUUAUUUUUGGGUUUUACUCUUUUAUCCUGAGAUAUGAGACGUGGGUUAGCAGAA